UAUCACGUUAAUGUGUGAACUAACAUAUGGAACAGCUGGAUCACAAAAAAAAAGGAGUUUGAGAAUUUUUUUCUCCUGGUUAAAGGUGCCAAACGCAAUAUGUUUACUACAAUACUCAUUUAUAUUUUAAUUCAACACAUUAUUCAGAUCACAAAAGGACUUUCAAAGGAAGAUUUAUGCUCUUUGGAUCCAGAUUUUGGGGGAUGUUCUGAUUAUACUGAAUUGUUUUAUUAUAAUCGAUUUACAGGUGAAUGCCACGAAUUUAUUUUUGGAGGAUGUCUUGGAAAUAAAAACAGUUUUGAAUCAAAAGAAGUGUGCCGAGAAUAUUGUAAAGGAAUGGAAGAAAAAAAAGUUUGUGAUAAGAAGCCUGUCCGAGGACCUUGUGAAGGUUUUAUCCGUCGGUAUUUUUUUAAUCAAGAGACUCAAGAAUGUGAAGAAUUUAUUUAUGGAGGUUGCAGGGGAAAUUCCAACAAUUUCCGUACCCUAACGGAAUGUAAAGAGUUCUGCACUCAUGUAUAACAACGGACAGACACAUAAAUACCAUUGAAAGUAGUCUAGGAAAAUAAAUUAUAUCUUAUAUAAUUUUUUUU